AUGAGUCUCGAAACCGCCGAGCGAAUUCAAGGUGCCAUUUCCAUUCUGCAAGGAAUAUUCUCCUCCCCUUCAGCAGUUCCCAAGAAAGAACACGAGGGUGCCGAAAAAAACAAAACAGAAAUAAAAGACAUCCAACUCCCCAAGAUAACACUCACCUCCCUCCACCCCAUGCACCAACCCUGGUCUACAUCCAUUCUCUACACCUCCCCCCGCGAUCCGCACUCGCAUCUCCAAACCUUCUGUCAAUCCCUCAAAGACACCUUCACAACCGCCGGGUUCAUGCUGCCCGAAGAAAAAGGACGAAGCUUAUUACUGCACGCUACGAUUGUUAAUACAAUCUACGUUCGCGGGGCACGUCAGGAUUCCGGCACCGGCACGAGAGGAACAGGAACCGGGAAUGCACGUGGAAAUCGAGGGAGAGGGAGAGGAGGAAGUUCCUCGGGUCAUGGCAAGCAUAAAGCACGUCUCACGUUUGAUGCACGGGAUAUCGUUACUAAGUAUGCGGAUUUCACAUGGAUGCGCGAUGUACGGGUUGAGAAAGUGGCGAUUUGUAGGAUGGGGGCGAAGAAGAAGGGGGAUGGGGAUGAGGAGUAUGAGGUGGAGGCUGAGAUUGAGGUACCUUUUACUUGA